AUGAACGUUUACAAUCCAAGAUUUGACAAUGAUUUCGUUCCUCAUGACAUUAAAGCUGCAUUGGAGACAGCACCUAUAAAGCCUACAAUGAUAGGAUUUACUUCACACGAGUCAAUGUUUCUUUCUAUUCAAUAUCCCUCCUCCGUUUUUGCUUUGAAUUCGCCCUUAUCUAUUGUUAAUUUUACUCAAUUUGAUCGCUCCAAACUGAUCAAUUUUAUUCAUAAUUAUAUCCAUCGUGAAAGAGGAAAAGCAACCGAAGAAGAAGCAGAACAAAUAGCCAAGGAAUUGGAAUCUUUUUAUUUGGAAUAUCAAAAGAAGAAUAUUGGAAAGGGGGAUUGGAGAUAUUUUUUGGAACAAUAUACAAUGUUAUUAAGCGAUGUUCAAUUUGUUAUACCAAUUUUGGCAGAAGCACGUUUAAAAGCUGCUAAUAAUUGGCCUGUAUUUUUUUAUCAAUUUGAUCAUGUAAAUAAAGAACAUAUUUCCAAACUUCCAUUUAGAGGUGUUGUACAUGCAGGAGAAUAUCCUUAUUUAUUAGGUCCAACACUUUUUGGUAAUUAUUUGUUAGAUAAUGAGGAUGAUAGAAAAGUGCAAGCUUUGUUAUUGUAUGCUUAUGGAAGUUUUGUAAAAAACGGAAUUCCCAAUUCUCCUCCUGGCGUAGAUUGGCCUUCUCUUUCAUCUAAAAAUAAAACAAUUGAAUUUAUUCGUAUAAUCAAAAGUGGAUUAAGAAAAGAGAAAAAUCCUUUAUAUUUGAUGCAAAAAAUUAAUUUUUGGAGAAAACUUUCAAAAAAGAGAGGAUUUAACAAAAUAUCAGGAUUUCCUUGGGCUUUACCUUAA